AUGGCUGAAGCUAGAUUUUCAGAAAUUGAUAACCAAUUUGCUGGAGGUUUGGAUUUCUAAAAAAUAGCUAAAUUGGAUAAAUUGUUAUCAAAGGUGGAUCAUGAUUUCAAGCAAAAAUAAUCAAAAGAUCUAACAAAGCCAAAAUUAAUGGAAUUAAUGAAAACAAUGCAUGAAAUCUAUUAAAUAGUUUUAUAUGAGAUUAGCGAAAUGCUAGAAGUCGCACACUUCAGUGAAUUGAGAUAAACUUUGAAUAAAAUUUAUAAUGGCUAGAAUUUGAUUGUUCAUUAUAUAUUAAAAAUAAAUACUAAUUUUGAGGUGUAACCUGAUAAAAUGCUUGAAAGUUUAUAGAAAAAUAUGAUAUAGGCAAGAAGAAAAUCUGUUGAUUAAUCUGAAGAAAGAGAAACUAAUAAAAUGGCUCAUUAAAUAGUGUAACUGUAACCUGUGGUUAAGAAGAUGGUUAAGAAAGUAUUUGAAGAAAAAGGGACUGAUACUGGAGAAGAUAUGAAAAAUGCUAGGAAUCAAGAUCAUCUUAUGAAAAAGUAAAAGGAAUUAAUGGAUAUUUAAGAUGAUUUAGAUGAGGACAGUUAAAAGAUAUCUGAAUUCUUAAAAAAUAGAAAACUUGAUUUAAUGGCAGUAGGAGAAUCUAAGGCAUAAGCCAAUUUGAAAGAAGUCUUGAAAGACUUAGGGAAAAAAAGAAGAAUUACAAAUGAAAUUGACGAUGAGGCGGCAGAAAUUGAAGAGUAAUAACAGAAAGAGAGAGAACAGAUAUUUAAUUUAGAAAACACACUUAUGGAUAGCAUUAGAGGAGUGUAGAAAUAAGCUUAAGAAAAAGCAAUACAAGAUAUUAAAGCGGGUAGAGCAUUGAUGAAGAAUGGAUAAUUAGUUUACAUGGAAGGAGUGGCAAGUUAGACUGAUAAAAUGAAAAUUGAAAUUGAAUUCUAGGAAAAGAUGUAGUAGCAUAGAAAAGAAGGAGCAGAGAGAGAAUCCAAGAUCUUAUAGUUAGAGAGAAAGGUCAAGGAUUUAGGGAUUGAAAAAGAAGCUUACAUUCAAUAAUUGAGCAAUAUUAAUAAUUAGUUGACAAAAGCAAAUUUGGAAAGUAGGAAGUUAUAGGAAUAAUUGAAAUCAAAAGAAAAGGCUAGUGGUGAAUAAUAAGCUGUUAUUAAUAAAACUGAUUCAGAAAAAAUAAAAAAAUUGGUUGAAGAUAAUAUAAAGAUGAAGUUCAGAAUAAAGAAUCUUAUAGAUAGUGUGGCAGGAUUAGAGAAGGAGUAUAAUAGAAGUUUAGAAAGAUUUAGAUUGUUUAUUUAGAAUUCUAAUAUAAGUGAAGAUUAAAAGAAAUUGAUUUUGAACUCAUUGGACAAUCUAUUGAGGUUUGAUUUUAACGAGAAAUUAAAUUUAUAAGAGAUGAAAGAAUUAAUGGUAGUGGAUGAUUUACUGAAAGAUCCUCUAUUUAAAUAGAUCUGCGGAUCUGAUAUUUCUGCUAUAACUAGAUAAGUUAAAAAGGAUGAAUUAACUAGAAAAUAAAAAUUGGCAAAAGUGCCAUUCUAUGAUCCUUUGUUCGAUGCUGAAUUUCUAAAUCCGGGGGAAAAAAUAAUCACAAGGAAAGUUAUGAAGUUGGUCAAAAGGUAAAAUAGUUAAGGAGAAUGGGUAGACGAAGAGAUGGAAGUAGAAGAGGAAGUUGUUGUAAAUGCUUAAGGUGAAGAGUUAAGGGCUAGAGAUAAACCAAUUAUGGUUUAAUAAUCAAAAUAAACUUAAUAAUUUUUAGACUAAUUUGGUGGCUUUGCUGUUGGAGGGGCUAAAAUAAAGAUACCAACAAAGCCUAUUACUAAGGAUGGUCGUUAAGUACAAUUAAAUGAAUGGUUUGAAGACAGUUCAGGUAAAAAAGUGAGGAAAGUUUAAGCCAAAGAUGGAGAAGAGACCUAUGAAGUACAAGAAGAGUAUAUAGAUGAGAACGGAAAAAAAUAAAUAAGGAUAAAAUAAAUGAAAGUUAGGAAAGAUAAGAAUGGAAAUGAUUAUGUUGAAGAGGAGUUUGUUGAUGAAAAGGGUAGAAAACAAAAAGUGGCUAAAAGAGUUACCAAAGACAAAGAUGGUAAUGAGAUUAUUGAAGAAAUCACAAUUGAUGAAUAGGGUAAUAAAACAACCAAAAAGUAAAAGGUUUAUAAGGAUAAAGAUGGUAAUGAGGUUGUAGAAGAGGAGAUAACUGAUUAGUUUGGAAAUGUAACAUCAGUCAAAAGAAAGAUUGUCAGAGACGCUCAAGGAAAUUAAGUUAUUAUAGAAGAAAGAACUGAUGCAAAAGGAAAUAAAACUAUUGCUACUAUUAAAAAGAAUUAAUUUGGAUAAGAUAUCAUUUAGGAAUAAAUUAUAGAUAAAAAUGGAAAAAUAUAGCAAGUGGAGAAAAAAAUUGUAGUGGAAAAUGGAAUUGCUAUAACAGAAGAAGUUGUAUUGGAUGAAAAUGGAAAUAAGAUUAUAAAAAGAACUAAAAUCAAGAAAGAUGAAAAUGGAAAUGAUAUUAUCGAAGAAGAGACUAUCAAUCCUGAUGGAACUAUAACUAUCAAAACAUCUAAAAAGAAAAAGAAUCCUGAUGGAACCUUUACUAUUGAAACAGAAAUCAUGGACUAAAAUGGAAAUGUUACUGUUGUUAAGCAACGUUAAUAUAAGGAUAAAAAUGGAAACAUCAUUACUGAAGAGGAAUCUGUUGAUCCUUAAACAGGAGCCAAGAUUAUUACUCGGACUUAGAAAGACUAAAAUGGAAAGGAAAUAGUUUAAAAAUAAAUAGUUGGGGCUGAUGGAAAAAUAACAAACACUCAAAAACAAGUCUAAAUGGAUAGAGAUGGAAAUCCAAUUGAAGUUGAAAUCAUUAAGGGAGAUAAUGGGUAAUAGUAAACUGUGUAGAGGAAAGCCUAUAAAGAUAGAAAUGGAAACGAAAUCAAUGAAGAAAUCAUUACAGAUGAAUAAGGAAAUAAAAGAUUGAUUAAGACAAGAGUCUUCAAAGAUAAAGAUGGAAAUAAUAUUAUCGAAGAAGUAACUACAAAUGCUGAUGGAAGUAAAAUGACAGUAAAGAAAAAGUAAUAUAAAGAUAAAGAUGGAUUAGAAAUUACAGAAAUAGAAACUAUUGAUGCAAAUGGAAAUAAGGUUGUCAUUAGAACUAAAAAAGGAUAAAACGGAGAAUAAAUCAUAGAAGAGACUAGAAUUGGAAAGGAUGGUAAGGUUGAAAAAAUAAUCAAGAAAUUUAAUAAAGAUAAGAAUGGUAAUAUAGUUGUGGAGGAAACUAAAAUUUCUUCGGAUGGAACUAAGACUGUGAAAAUCAUUAAAUUAGGAACAGAAGAUAGAGAAAUUUAGACUGAAGGAAUCUUUGAUUUUAGUGAUAAGUCAUAGUCAUUAUUAGAUUAAAUUUUAGAGCAGUUGGGUAAUCUGGGAUUGGAAAAAAGUAAGUAAGAAUAAAUUAGAAAUUGGGUAAUGAUUAAAUAACAAAUUUAAAUUAAAAGAACAACAAAAUAAUAAUAAUAAAUGUAAUAACAUGAUUCUGAUGAGGAAGUUUUAAAACCAAGACCUUCAUCUGCUUAAUCUAACUAAUCCUUAGAUUCUUUGGAUGAAGAUCAACCAGAAGAAGAUUAAUCAGACAAACUUUAUUAAAGAUUAAUGCAAUCAAAAAAUGGAUAAAUGGGGGAAAUGCUGAGAUAAAUUAGAAAUUAAUUGGGAAAGCAAGGUAAUGAGCAAAUCUCCAUCGAAGAAUUCAGAGAAUAUAUGAAAAAGAUGAGAUAAAUUCAUGCUCGUUGUGGGGAUAAUUGUCCACAUUUAAGAAGGUUCUAUGAAAAAAUUGGUUUUGCUACAAGAAAGUAUAAGAGAAGGUUUUUAAAAAUGAACUUGACUAAAAUGGAUGCGAAGACUAAACUUCCAUAACUAUAGAAUUUUAGUACAAUAAAAUGA